GUGGGAGGCCAGUACGGGGCUCCUGCUCUGCCGGGAGGGGAGAAGGAGACGCAGCAGAAGAAGACGAGCGGAGGAGGAGGAAGAGGGAAGAGGAGGCGAUGGCCACGGGAGAUAUCACCACUCUUCCCGCCACACCUGACGACGGUAGCGGCGGCUUCCCGGCGGCCAACUUCAGAGACCCCAAGAGGCUGUACUGCAAGAACGGAGGCUUCUUCCUGCGGAUCGCCUCCGACGGCCGGGUGGACGGCAUCCGCGAGAAGACCAACCCCCACAUCCGGCUGCAGCUCCAGGCCACGUCGGUGGGGGAGGUGGUGAUUAAGGGGCUGGCUGCUAACCGCUACCUGGCCAUGAACCGCGACGGGAGGCUGUUCGGAGCGAGGCGAGCGACGGACGAAUGUUACUUCCUGGAGCGCCUGGAGAGCAACAACUACAACACCUACCGCUCCAAGAAGUACCCUGAGAUGUACGUGGCCCUACAGCGCUCCGGACAGUACAAGACCGGCACCAAGACCGGACCCGGCCAGAAGGCUAUCCUGUUCCUCCCCAUGGCGUCCAGGUCCUAGUCCAGACCUAGUCCAGUAAGGCCGGACCAGAACUCUGAUAUUCAUAGGCAACGGGGAGGAGGGAGAGGAACAAUAGAAUCAGGACGAGGUAGCUAGGAGCAGUUCAGAUGAAGGCCCGGUCUUCAGUCCAGCUCCACGUUUAAAGGGAUGGUCCGAGACUUAAAGGUCCGACUCAGUCCUUUACUGCAGGGGGCUUCAUUAGGUCGGGGCUGGAGAAGGAAAGCAGAUCAUUUCUGAAAAUUAGCACGGUUCUCCAGCAGCGAGCAAAGCUAUACUAGGUCUGAGAGGUUAGCGUUUAGAGACAUCUUUAAGAUAUAUUACUAUAUGACUUCAUUCAGGACUGUGGUUGAAGGAAGGAUUCAAGGCUUUGAUUUGUAAUAACAGUCUGUUUUUAUUGUUAAAAACCGUCAAACAGAAAUCAAGGAAAUUAAGGCAGUGGUGACAGAAACGAUAACCAUCGCUGUUCUUAAUUAAUAAUAAUAUCACACCUCUAAUUUAUCCAGUAAGAUGUGUUACAAUGCUAGAACCUCCCCUCCAGUACAGCCUACUCUUUCCUUGUGUCAUCCUUACACUUCUUGUUAUCAUGAUAACCUUUCCCUUAAUGUUUCUUUUCCAUAAAUAAUUCUGUUGAUACAUUUUCAGAAUAAAUUAAAAUACUCAAUAUUUGUUCUGAUUGACAAAAACCAACCAACCAUGGCUCAAGUGGUCAAAAAUCAUAAACCCAAACCACAACAAGAAACAAGAAAUAAACAGUGUCCGGUGACAUCACCUGGUACAACAGCAGCCACUGCAGUACCCAUUGCUCCCUGAGGGGGCGCUGUCCGAGGCUUAAGUGUUCAGCGGCUUUAACACCGUCGUAGUGGGACCUUUUACGCCACAUUGUAAUAACCAUUAUCAAUGCUAAACACACUUCAAGUAUCCCUAAUAUUGGUGUGUUCAUGUGGCUCGAUGAGCUAGCCUGAGUUAGCAUGCUAGGCUAGGCUAGCAUGAGGCGGGCCCCAGGGCCGGCCCCGGUGGUACAGCUGGUAGAAUCAGGUGGCUCCAUGUGCUAGCCUGGCUUAGGCUAGUUAGGCUUGGCUAGCGGCAGGCCCCGGUGGUACAGCUGGUAAAAGCGGCCCGAGUGCACAGCGGGGAGCGUCUCCAUGGGGAGGUCCACGGCGCCCCAGCCCUUCUCCAGCCCGUAUAGCAGCAGAUGCGCCACGCGGCUCGUGAUGGGCGUGGUCUCCUCGGUGCGCGCUAGCUCUGCUAUGGGCAGCCAAUCGCAGCGCAGGCACUCCUCGGUGCAGAAGUCGAUGCUGUAGGUGAGGGGGCGGAGCCGGCAGAUGAGGUAGAGGUCAGACGCCCCGAAGGCGCCGGGCUGGUCGUGCUGCUGCCGCACGCUGAGCAGGGAGCGGAACUCGGAGCACACGCCCGUCUCCUCCUGUACCUCCCGGACCGCCGUGGCU